AUGUCCAGGCAGGAAUACAUGCACACAGGUAUGAAUACAUCGAGUACAUUCACGCCAAUUGGUCGAAUGUACUCGCUACGGAAACAUGGCUCCCGUUUUAAAACUAAGCCUGAUGCGUUAGAGCCGACAAAAAGUUUUAAAAUACUGUGCAGUGUUAACAAAUGGAAGUUGUUUUUUGGCCUGAGUAACUGCAUUGCUUUUACCAAGACAAGCUUGUACAUGUGCAAAUAUGAACACGCGUAUGUGCAUUGUGUUAGUGUUGCUGUGGACAUCUUUGUAAAUCAUAAAAUUGACAUUGUCAUGUGUGCUGGAGAAUUAGUUGAGAGUUAUUUUUUUAGAAGACCCCCUUUGUAA